UUCUAAGCCUUCCGUUUGCGCUGUCGAUCACAAAGCUGACCAAUCAGCAGAGGCUUUUUUGCAAGCUGUGUCGUUCAUUGGCUCAUAGGUGGCAGCUUCUGAGGCAGAAUUUGCCAUGGAACAUAGCUUAUUCGUCAUUUGUUUAUGAGGAGUGUAUUGUCCUCUCUCCCCUCUCUCCCCUUCCUCAGUUUGGCUUGUGCUGUUAUUCGCCGGCCGAAACAUGAUGAAGUUCACAGUGGUUGCCUGGCUAUGCAUGUCCACUUUCGUUAUUGUUGCUGGCAAUGAACAUGGUGGGAGAGUUAAAGAAAAGAAACUGAGUGACGAGGAUCACUUUGAGGGCGAUGAGCACAAUGUGGACUACGACCACGACGCUUUCCUGGGCGACGAGGCCAGCGAGUUCGGCAACCUCACCCCUGAGGAGAGCAAGGAGCGGCUCGCCGCCAUUGUGGACAAGAUCGACACAAACGGUGACGGCGAGAUCACGGAACAAGAGCUGAUCGACUGGAUCAAAAAGGCGCAGAGCAAGUACCUGGAGGAGGAGGUGCAGCGACAGUGGGAGGCGCAGGCGCCGGCCGCCAGCCAGGACAAGGACCACAUCUCGUGGGACGACUACCAGCAGACCACGUACGGCUUCAUCGGAGAGGCCGAGGAAGACGGCGCUGAGGCGGCCGACUACAAGAAGAUGAUUGACCGGGACCGGCGCCGCUGGGACGCCGCCGAUCAGGACAAGGAUGGCAAGCUCACGCGCCACGAGUUCAGCACGUUCCUCCACCCGGAGGAGGCCGAACACAUGAAGGACGUGGUCGUCAAGGAAACCAUCGAGGAUAUCGACGCCGACGGAGACGGCAAAAUCUCCGUCGACGAGUACAUUGGCGAUAUGUACGACGAGUCGGAGGGAGAUGAGCCAGAGUGGGUUCAGCACGAGCGGGAGACAUUCAAAAGCAUCCGUGACGCCAACGGAGACGGCUACCUCGACUUUGACGAGGUGAAGGCCUGGAUCAUGCCGGAUGAUUACGACCACUCCGUGUCGGAGAGCCAGCAUCUGAUCCACGAGGCGGACGUCAACCGUGACGGAGUACUCAGCAAGGAGGAAAUUCUCGACAAGUACGAUCUGUUUGUGGGCUCACAGGCCACAGACUUCGGCGCCGCGCUCCACGACGAACUGUAACGACACCUAUUGGCGCGCGGCGUUACCAACGCCUGCUUAGCGUUCUGGACAAAUGCAACGUGAUUUCGGAGCUAGAUAUUUGCUAAACAUGCGGCAUCUGCUCAGCACGCUAAGCAAUAAGGAUAUGCAAAUAGGGUUUCAAAAUGCGAGAUUAGAAAUAGCGACGGUGGGUUUUCUGGAGCUGGGAGCGAGAAGGCUGCAUGAACAGGGCAUGGGGUAGCUAGACAGGAGUUGGAGACGCAGGGUACGUCCGCUUUAUUAGUGCUUGCUCUGCUAGUCUGGGCUGAGGGCCGUCAGGGGCGCGGGCGUGUGUUACAGUGGCACGCGCCGGGCUUUAACGAGAGGCACUGCCGGCGCGCCGGUCGUGCUCAUACGCUGUAUCUCAUCUUCAUAAUUCAUUGUAUUAACAUGUUGCACCCAGUAUGCUGUUACCGAGUGGCGUGGAGUGUUGAUGCCGGCGUGCCAAUUUUAAUGUUUAUACAGUUGACACAAAUACAUUUUUAGCAAG